GACAAAGUGUGAAGGAAAGUAUAAUAAAAAUAACCCAUAGGGUUGCAAGUAUGGAUUCCAAUAUUAUUGUGUUAAUUACUAUUUUCUUUUUCCUUGAAUCAGUGUUGAGCUACUGUCCAGCUGCGGAUCAUUGGAGUGGUUGGUGGGGUUAUGACGGAUAUGCCUCAGGUCCGAGUUCUUGGGGAGACCACAACGAGGACUGGGUGAUAUGCAAGACGGGCAAGAACCAAUCUCCCAUUGACAUUAAGCCACAGACCCUCCUGUAUGAUCCACAACUACAGCCAUUUAAGGUCGACACUGCGUCGGUCAGCGGUACGUUUCGCAAUAACAAGCGAGACCUGACGUUGCUGGUGAACAACAGUAGUCCCGCUGUAAAUUUCACGGCGGGGCCGCUCUCCUACACCUAUCGCCUCUACCAAAUCAAGCUGCACUUCGGCAGAGAAAACGUUUCAGGGUCAGAGCACCACAUCGACGGCAGGCCUUUUGCUGGAGAGCUUCAGUUUAUGGCCUAUAACUCCGAUUUGUAUGCAAAUCACUCAGUGGCGCAAGUGAGUCCCAGAGGCGUUGCCAUCGUGGCGGUGUUUAUAUCCGUUGGGGAUUACGAUAAUUCUGCCUUCCAAUUUCUCCAAGAGAAGUUUUAUAUAAUAGACCAACAAGAUUCAUGUACGGAUGUUGAGUAUCUACCAGUUGACAAGUUGUUACCCGAAUCUCUUGACCACUACAUGACAUACGCUGGAUCGCUGACACAGCCUAGCUGUAGGGAGACGGUCACCUGGAUCAUAUUGAACAAGCCCAUGUAUAUUUCCUCAAAACAGAUGACAGAUUUAAGAAGAAUUCCAUACCAAGAAUGGAGAUUUUCAAACGCCAGACCUCUUAUGCCUUUAAAUCGUCGGACUAUCCGAACGAAUAUCAACUUCAGAAAUCAAACACGGCUGUGUUCCAUGGAGAUCGCAAAGCGAUAUAUUGCAAAUCCCGACGUUGGAUUGAGAUAACGAGGCAUUUCAUCCCUAGUAUUCUCCUAAUAAAAGCAUUAACCCACUUUGAACCUAGUUCUUCCAACAAAAGACAAUGUCGAAAAUAAACUUUACGUAUAGCUCAAUAGUGUCCUAUGAAUAUAUACGGGAUAUCUACGUUUCGUGGAUCUAGGUGCUGGAGUGCGAUUAACACUGGGUCCAAACUUAAAUGCAAUUAGAAAUGUAUGUUCUCGCAUUUAUACUUAUCGUUAAA